UAUAGGUUAGUGGUUCGACAGUCAUCAUCACGAAGAGAAGAAAGUAGGUCACAGACCGAUGCCAUUUAUGUCACACAUUUUUGUAGUAAUGUUCUACUUCGCAAGUGAAGUGAAAGCUACAUGAUACGCCGUACUGUCAGAGAUCAUUGACCCGUCGGUGGAUGGAAGGACCUGCUUUGAGAAGCACAACCUGAAUGAAUCUCUGUGAUCUAAUGGCAGACCAAAGAAUGGACAUUUCUUCAACAAUGAACGAGUUCAUGUCCCCCAGCUCAACUGAUCUAAUCAGCAGCUCUAUCAGCACCCCAGGCAUGGACUACAACCGCAAGAGGAAGGGCAGUACAACAGACUACCAAAUCGAUGGCUUUUCAUUUGAUGAUAGCAUGGAUACAGACAAGGAUAAACAGCUUGGGAGAGAUGAACAACAAGGCCGUAUUAAAAAUGCCAGGGAGGCUCACAGUCAGAUUGAGAAACGGCGGCGGGACAAGAUGAACAGCUUCAUAGAUGAGCUGGCGUCUUUAGUGCCCACCUGCAAUGCCAUGUCUCGCAAGCUGGACAAGUUGACUGUCCUGCGCAUGGCCGUUCAGCACAUGAAGACACUCCGAGGGGCCGCCAAUCCGUACACUGAGGCCAACUACAAACCUGCAUUUCUGUCGGAUGAUGAACUUAAGCACUUAAUACUGAGGGCCGCCGAUGGCUUUCUCUUUGUUGUCGGCUGUGAUCGUGGGAAGAUCCUGUUCGUUUCAGAGAGUGUUUAUAAAAUCCUCAAUUAUAGCCAGAAUGACCUGAUUGGCCAGAGUUUGUUUGAUUACCUGCAUCCUAAAGAUAUUGCCAAAGUCAAAGAGCAGCUGUCGUCGUCAGACACCGCGCCGCGGGAGAGACUCAUCGAUGCUAAAACUGGCCUUCCUGUGAAGACAGACAUCACUCCUGGCCCGUCUAGACUGUGCUCAGGGGCCAGACGCUCCUUCUUCUGCCGGAUGAAGUGCAACCGACCCUCUGUCAAAAUGGAGGAAAAGGACUUCUCCUCCACCUGUUCAAAAAAGAAAGCUGACCGCAAGAGCUUCUGCACCAUCCACAGCACAGGCUACCUGAAGAGCUGGCCGCCCACCAAGAUGGGCCUGGACGACGACAACGAGCCUGACAAUGAAGGCUGCAACCUGAGUUGCUUGGUGGCCAUUGGCCGUCUGCACCCUCACAUUGUGCCCCAGUCAAUGAACGGAGACAUUCGUGUCAAACCCACUGAAUACGUCUCUCGCCACGCCAUAGAUGGCAAAUUUGUGUUCGUUGACCAGAGGGCCACGGCUAUACUUGCAUAUUUACCCCAGGAACUUCUAGGUACUUCCUUCUACGAGUAUUUCCACCAGGAUGACAUUGGACACCUGGCGGAAUGUCACAGACAAGUGCUGCAGAUGCGGGAGAAGAUCAAUACAAACUGUUACAAGUUCAAGAUCAAGGACGGCUCCUUCAUCACCCUGAGGAGCCGCUGGUUUAGCUUCAUGAACCCCUGGACUAAAGAGGUGGAGUACAUCGUCUCCACAAACACCGUGGUCUCAGGUAGUGUGCUUGAUGGAGCAGACCCCAAUUACCCCCAGCCUGCUUCAUCGCCUCAGAGUAUGGACAGCAGCGUGUUGACGUCAGGCGGUGAUGGUGGAGGGAAGCGUGCGCUUCAGAUAGUGCCUGGCAUUCCCGGGGGCACGCGUGCUGGAGCCGGCAAGAUUGGCCGCAUGAUCGCUGAAGAAGUCAUGGAGAUCCAGAGAAUUCGAGGCUCGUCUCCCUCAAGCUGUGGUUCCAGCCCCCUGAACAUCACCAGCACGCCCCCUCCGGACACCUGCUCGCCUGGGGGAAAGAAGAUUCAAAAUGGGGGAACUCCAGACCUUCCCUCAGCAGGAAUGGGGCCAGAUUCGAUAGGAUACCCAUACUCAAACAACUCGAUCAUGAGUGACAACUCCCACCUGAGUAUUGACAUCAUGGAUGACCCUGGCUCCAGCAGCCCCAGCAAUGACGAGGCAGCCAUGGCGGUGAUCAUGAGCCUGCUGGAGGCUGACGCUGGCCUGGGGGGGCCAGUAGACUUUAGCGACCUGCCCUGGCCCUUGUGAGGGGAGGCUGGAGGCGCUGCUGGACUGCAGGGAGUGGGGUGGGGUGGGGGGGGGUGGUCCGGGCUCAGACAUGAAAGGCUGGCACCUAUGGGGGCUAUCAGCAGGAAGCAUGCCCUGUGCUGCUGAGGAUGGGAGGUGCAGGGCUGGUGUCCAAUAGGAACUCUUCUAUACACAUUCACACACACAUUCACACACACACGCUUCAGUUCACACAUACGCCUUCCCCUGCCAGACGUACUUCCAUACUGCCUGUUCACAACAACAUGCAAGUUAAGGCCCUCCUGUCUUCUCUUUUGACUGGAUCCGUCCUCUAAUGCUCUUAUCCCUUGAAGAAAGUCUCAUUUUUGUUUUGGUGUUCUGAUGUUUUUACACUACAAAUGGUUUCAAUGUUAAAUAUUCUUUAUGUGAAUUGUAUCAAAUCUUGUAAUUCUAUCAUGUAAGAAAUAUUAAUGCAAAGUAUAUAUGGUAAAGUGUAUUGUAUCAGCAGUGAGAUAUUUUUAAAAUAAAAGGUAUUUGUUUCUCUUGCUAUGGAAA